AACAAAUUCUUUCUAGUUUGCAGUUCGUUACAAACAAACUCACAGCGAUUAUCAACGGUUAACGAACUCACAAAUUCUGCAAUGGAAUCAAAACCGCCCCGGCCGCCGCCGCCGCCGCAGCGAUCAUCAAUCCUCGGCCGUCUGAUCAAAAUGGACACCGCCGUCUCUCUCCACCUCCACACCACCGCCCAACCCCUCCUCCCCCGCUCUCUCCUCAAAACCCUAGAAAUCUCCGGCGACGGCCGCCUCUUCUUCCCCCUCACCAUCUCCCUCCUUCUCUCUCCUCUCUCCACCACCACCACCUCCACCUCCACCUCCUCCCCUCUCCUCUUCUCCCUCCUCGCCGACCUCCUCAUCGGCGGCCUCCUCGACCUCCUCUUCGUCGGCCUCAUCAAGCACCUCGUCCGCCGCCCUCGGCCCGUCUACAACAAAGACAUGUUCUUGACCUUCUCCGUCGACCACUGGUCCUUCCCCAGCGGCCACUCCUCUAGGGUUUGCUUCGUCGCCUCAUUUCUUUGCCUCUCCUCUGCCCUAAUUGGCCAGGCCAUUACUCAAUUGAGGUCUUCCAGAUUCGAAUUCGUUGAUAAAUUGUUCAAUUUGGUCGAUUUCUAUGACGGUAAGGCUGUAGAUUUCGUUGUUUUGGUUGUUUCUUUGUGGGCUGUUGCGACAUCGGUUUCUAGGGUUUUGCUUGGUCGGCAUUUCGUUUGUGAUGUUAUUGCUGGUGCUUGUUUGGGUGUUGUGGAAGCUCUACUUGUGUUUCACUUUCUCAAUUAUUCAAUUCUGGUUUCAAAGUUUUUGUGAUGAAAACUGUAGGUGUCUUUUUGGGAAAUUAUGCCAUUGUUUAAUUUUCUUGGAAAAUUGAUGACACAGUUACUGUAUCAUGGAAAAUAUUUCACAAAUAUUGUUGACCAAGAUGCUGUACCAUGUAAUUGUACCAUUUUUGUUUGGAAUUUUGUAAUAAAUGUGGGGGUGGUGGUAACAAGUUUCUAACAACUAUCAACUAUCAGUUGUUUAUGUAAGGUUUACAUUUUGCUUGACUGAUCAAUCUAUGCUAUAUGUACUUUAGUCUUCAGACUGAAACUAGUUUUCGGAAAAUUUGAAUCUUUACCAAUUGAAUGCAAA